AUAUGGCGUACAACAUGAAUUUAUAUUAUAAUAUUUAAUAUACAAUAUUAUAUAUUGGCCUGUGUAUUGUAAUGUGGAUGAUGAGUUUUAAAUUAUCCAAAUUCAUGAAAAAUAACGCUCGUAAAAUUAUUAAUUCAGUAUAGAUCUAACUUGCUUGGAACACUGAAAUAUAUUAUAUUUAGUUUGAAGAUGUCUAGUCCUAGAAAUCAGCUCAGUGUAAAAAUAAAAAUUCCGCCAGUUGUAGACAUUGCAGCAAUUUCAGUUGCACCCACCACAACAGAAAGAACUAAAUUUACUUCUGAUAGUUUGAAUAAACUAAAUUAUAAAAAGCAUGAAUAUGUAGAAAAUAAUAAAAAUAUGUAUAAAAUGGAUGACAGUAUAAAUAUUAAACAAGAAACUAGGUCAACUGAUAUAUCUACAUCAUUUAGAACUUUUGAAAACCAAGAAAAUUUUGUACAGGAAACAAAAUUCUUCUCUGACAAAGAUCGAUCAGAUGCUGCUAGGGCCAUAGAGAGAGCAUGGAUUAGUUACAGAGAUAAACAAAUGUUCAAGCUGUUGAAGCAUUCCAUUUGUGCAGCUGAAAGUUCACUUUCUUAUGAAAUCCUGAGAAAAGUGUGUCCAAGAGAAGCUGAGUUUUUCAAAGACAGAAGCCAAGAAGUCCGAGUUAGAUUCAGAUUUGGAGGCAGUGAAUUUCCACCGAUGAUUUUUUUUAAGAUCUUUGUACAUAGCAAAGCUCUGAAGGUGAAGUAUUUGAGUGGGCGAAAAAUGAUAAAACCACUAACUGAGGCUGCCUCAGACGCUCUGCAGCAGAUGGGAAACCGAAACUUUUACCAGCAGAUACUACAGGACACACUACAACACAAUCAGAGGCCAGUGUGUGAUGAGGUGGAUGUCACAACCAUGAAAGAUUAUAUGCAGUACUUGUCCAACCUUGAUGAAAGCCCAGCCUGCCAAGGUGGAAAAGAAAAUUACUGGAGGCGGCUAACACUGGACGUACUCUCUAGACACACCAUGUUUUUUGAUGUUGUUGACUACGCCUACAACAACCACAUCUCAGAAAGUCUAAGAAAGGAAAUGGCUUUACUUCUCACCCAACCUGUCACUGAAAAACUUCAACUUCAACACAUCCACGCCAUCUCAAAACUCAGAAUGCUGACAAGCCCCUCCUACGCCCCACCCUGCACCAGCAGGUCAAGCCAUUACUCCAGUAGGAGAAACAAGAGAGCCGUACAGAGGGCAAUGAAAAUGAGACAGUUUUACAGCAAACACUAUCAGCAGGAUCAAGCAUUAACUGAAGGGCAAGAUGAUUGUAAGCACUACAACUCUCCCAGACAUAUAGCCGAUGGUGACACAUUCCAAAAUGGUGACACAUGCCAGCAUGGUGACAGUGGUGAUGAUUGGGACUAUGAAGCAGAUAAUCUUUAUGAGUGGAGCCAAGGCUUAUCAUUAAGCGAUGAAGAUACACCCGUACCAUUCUGACCCCAUAUUAUAAAUCCCAUACACUGACCUUUCACUCUAGUACCAGUUAUUUUAUCUAGAAAAGACGUGCUCAACUCUUGAUGCUGUUGGCGAAUGGAUAUUUUUUUAAAGUCAACACAAUUUGACUGAACUUCAAGUCAACACAAUCUGACUGAAGAGUUUCAUAAUAACUACUGUAGGAUUCAACAUUUUAAAAGUAAUUUGCUAGUGAAAAUAUUAUUCAUUUAAAACAACCAGUCUUUUAAUUUUUAGAUUGUUAUAAUCAUAUUUUUGAUAGCAAAUUUUGUUAUAAUCAUAUUUUUGAUAGCAAAUUGUUAUAACAUAUUUUUGAUAGCAAAUUGAUUGGUGAAUCUUUAACCAGUAAACAUUC